UCAUUAAUUAAGAGAUCCCUCCAUCUCCUUCUUUCUUCUUCUUCUCUCAUCGUCGCGAACUCGCGAUUUCUACCGUUUCUCAAAUUUGUGUUUCUUCCGUUUCUUAAUUUUUGAUCUGAUCGGAAGAAAACCUAGGGUUUUAGCUUCGUUAGAGUUUAUAUAUAUAUACAUAUACUUUUGGGAUCGAUGAAGAGUGUUUCCGCGGAACAAUCAGCCAAAGCUUGUGAGCGGAUCGAGAACGGCGACAAGGAUAAUAAGAAGAAGAAGCGGAGAGGUAGUCGCCGAUCUAAGAACACCUCCUCAGUAGGUUGUGUGAUAGAAGAUACCCAUGUAGAGUCAUCAGAUGGUGGAGCUAGUGGGAGUAAAGGAAAUGAUUGUGCGAGAUCGGAGUUGGAUAAUCCCAACGAGUUGACGAGAGCGUCUAAUGUUGCUUUCAACUCUAUGCCUGGAAGUCCGUUGGUUUCUUCUGCUGAAGUUAGUAAACAGUUGUUGUCCAAGUCGUGUCCUGAUCCUAGGGACUGUGAGCAGUCUUGUAGAAUGGAUGGUGACUUGUACCAGCAGGUUGAGUGUGUCUCGCAGAGGAAGAUUUUCUCUUCUCACUGGUCUUUCGAUGCUGUGAAUGAAGCUUUAGAGAGGGGUGAAGUUUAUAAGGCACUGUUUCGGGUGAAUGCUCAUAACCGCAGUGAGGCUUACUGUAAGAUUGAUGGAGUCCCUACAGAUAUUCUAAUCAAUGGAAAUGUUGGGCAAAAUAGAGCAGUGGAGGGAGAUACUGUUGCUGUUAAACUGGAUCCACUCUCACUAUGGCCAAAGAUGAAAGGAUUUGUUACGGAAAAUGUUGCCAAGCCUGAAGAAACGAACAGUCCCCCAGAAAAAGAUAAGCAUAUCAGCCAUUUGGAAAGAGGCGAGAUAGAUGCUCAACAGAACAAAUGUUUAGUUAUAGGUCAAGGAGCUGAGAACUAUGUUUCUCGCAACUCUAUACCAUUACUGGAUUCAUGUUCUUCUAGUGAGCAGAAAGGAAAUGGCAAUGUGGUUGAGAAGCUAUGCGCCAUCCUUAGUUCCUUCCCCAUCAAACGGCCGACCGGACAAGUAGUUGCUGUUGUUGAAAAAUCACUUGUGAGAGAUUCUAUUGUUGGCUUGCUGGAUGUGAAGCGAUGGAUUCAUUACAAGGAAGGUAAUGCAAGAACGGGCAAGUCUCCUUUGUCUUAUUCUGAUGAUGGUUACGUCCAACUGAUGCCUGCAGACCCUAGGUUUACUAAACUGAUCGUUCCUUUCCAUGCCUUACCUGGAAGCAUUCGAGCAAGACUUGAGAAUAUGGAUCCAACUCUCGAGGCAGAGCUGGUAGCUGCACAAAUUGUGGACUGGAGCGAAGGGAGUCAGUUUCCCCUAGCUCAGAUUACACAUAUGUUUGGCCGCGGCAGUGAACUGGAGCCCCAGAUCAACGCCAUAUUGUAUCAGAACUCGGUUUGCGAUUCUGAGUUUUCUCAUGACUCGCUUGCUUGCCUUCCACGUGCUCCAUGGGAAGUACCAGAAGAAGAGGUUCGACGUAGAAAAGAUCUGAGAGACCUGUGUGUGUUUACCAUCGACCCCUCAACGGCCUCAGACCUCGAUGAUGCUCUAUCAGUGCAAUGUUUACCCGGCGGUUUUUUAAGAGUCGGUGUUCACAUUGCUGAUGUCUCCUAUUUCGUUUUACCAGACACUGCCCUUGACGCAGAAGCUCAGUUUAGGUCGACAAGUGUUUACAUGCUGCGGAGGAAAAUACCAAUGUUGCCUCCAUCGUUGUCGGACAACGUAGGUUCACUUAAUCCAGGAGUUGAUAGGCUUGCUUUCUCUAUCUUCUUGGAUUUGAACAGAGAAGGGGUUGUGACAGAUCGCUGGAUUGGUCGUACUGUUAUAAGAUCGUGCUGCAAACUUUCGUAUGACCAUGCUCAAGACAUUAUAGAUGGGAAGCAUGACGUUGCAGCGAAUGGCUGGCCUUCUUUGCACGGACCUUUCGAGUGGAGUGAUGUAGUUCGAUCCGUCAAACAGCUUAGUGAGCUUUCCACCCAUUUAAGGGAAAAAAGGUUUAGAAAUGGAGCUUUGCAGCUUGAGAAUUCGAAACCUUCUUUCCUCUUUGACGAACAUGGAGUCCCGUAUGAUUUUGUGUUGUACCCUACAAAGGCCUCAAUCCAUCUCGUUGAGGAGUUUAUGCUUUUAGCAAACAUGACAGCGGCUGAGGUGAUCUCUCGAGCUUACCCUGACAGUGCACUGCUCCGGAGGCACCCAGAACCUAAUCUCCGCAAGCUCAAAGAGUUUGAAGGCUUUUGUUCAAAGCAUGGCAUGGAGUUGGACGGUUCUUCUUCUGGCCGGUUCCAUGAGUCUUUGGAGAAAAUCACUGAAACACUCAAGGACGAUGCAGUUUUUGUAGACAUUCUCAACAACUACGCAAUGAAACCAAUGCAAUCUGCGUCUUACUUCUGCACCGGGAACUUGAAAGACAAUGUUGCUGAGUGGGGACACUACGCACUAGCUGUUCCUCUCUACACUCACUUCACAUCUCCUCUUCGACGGUACCCUGACAUAGUCGUCCACCGUGCCGUAGCGGCUGCGCUCGAAGCUGAGGAGUGUUUCUUAAAGCAGAAGCAAAUAUCAUCAGUCGAUGAAACGAGAAGCUGCUUCACUGGUGUUCGUUUCGAUAAAGAUGCUGUAGAAUCUAUGGAAGGGAAAGAAGCGUUAACGGUCGCUGGUUUGAAACACGGUGUUCCCUCCACUGAAAGGGUCUCUGAGAUCGCUGCUUAUUGCAAUGAGAGGAAGUUGGCCUCUCGAAGAGUCAAAGAUGCUUGUGAUAAGCUCUACGCUUGGUGUGUUCUAAAGAGUAAAAAGGUGUUUCCAUGCGAAGCUAGAGUAAUGAACUUAGGACCAUCGUUUAUGACUAUUUACAUUAGCAAGCUUGGCAUUGAACGGAGGAUAUACUACGACCGUAUCGAAGGCCUGUGUGCAGACUGGCUCGAGGCGACAUCAACCUUAAUCCUCGAUAAAAUCGAGUUCAAGAGAGGUGGAAGAGGCUACUUGAAGCCCUUGAAAGAGGUUGCUUAUUUGGUGAGUCCUAGUGACAUGUGCGUUGCUAAAUGCAGUGCAAUGUCUAUUAGUGACACCACCGAGCGGAGAGAAGAAGUUGUCCCUGCGGUUUUUCCUCUGACCGUCCAAGUGUUCUCGACCAUCCCUGUGGCUCUUCACGCUGUUGGUGGAGAUGAUGGUCCGCUUGACAUAGGAGCGAGACUCUACAUGACUUCAUAUUAUAGAUGAUUGGAGCAAAGAUCUCUAUCUGAAGAUGCCAGGUUACAUAGCAGCUGUUAUAUAUAUUUUUUCACAUUACAGUUGCUGACAGAAAAAAAAAAUAAUCAUGAAUACGGUUUAGUAGUUUGAAGAUACAUAGAGACCAGGGUGGGGGAACUUGCCGUUGUUUUUUUGGUUCGGUUGAGUUCCUCAUUGGUUCGAAGUUGUGUUUUAAAAAUGUGUUUCGUUUUCUUUUGUUUCGGUGGAUCUCGCUUUUGCCCAAUAUGUUUUAGUUUUGGGUUGGGCGAAAUCAUCACAAGCUUUGUACUUGUAUUGUUCCGUUAAGAGGGAGUAAACAAGUCUCUGAUAAUGAACUUACGACAUAAAAUCUUAAUUGUAUUAUGUUUCAAUUUA